AUAAAUAAAUAAUAAGAACAUGAAACUUGUGGUACAAGUCAUAUAUGCACAUGAUCUUAUGCCCAAAGGAUGGUGCAGGAUCUGCCACUCCAUAUCUAGAGGUUGUCCAUUUCGAUAAUCACCUCAUUCGAAACCGAAAGAAACAAUCCCGAAAAUACCCUCAAUCCCGUUUCGAACCACAAACUCAUCUUUUUCGAUUUUCGAUCAUCACCUCGAACAAUGCAGCAUCAUCGUAAAGUCAACUCACAACAAGCUCAUAAUACUUCUAGCCAUGAAUAUCAAGAAGACUUUGAGGUGAAAGAAACGAAUCUCAACCUCGGCGAGGCGGCGGCGGCGUACGGCGGGAGAGGGUGGCUAAGCGGCGGCGAAAGAAUGGCCAACACAUUAGACCUCGUCGAGCAAAUGUACUAUCUCUACGUUCGAGUGGUGAAGGCGAAAGAUCUUCCGCCUACCGCCAUCACAGCCAGCUGUGAUCCUUACGUGGAGGUGAAGCUCGGUAACUACAAGGGAAGAACGAAGCACUUUGAGCGGAAAACGAACCCGGAGUGGAACCAAGUGUUCGCCUUCUCGAAAGAGCGGAUCCAAUCGUCCUCCCUCGAAGUUUUCGUCAAGGACAAGGAGAUGGUGGGGCGGGACGACAAUCAUCUCGGUAGGGUCGUGUUCGACCUAAACGAGAUCCCGACGCGGGUCCCGCCCGAUAGCCCGUUGGCCCCUCAGUGGUACCGGCUGGAGGACCGGCGCGGAGAAGGGAAGACGAGGGGUGAAAUCAUGGUUGCCGUUUGGAUGGGUACGCAAGCUGACGAGGCAUUUACGGACGCUUGGCAUGCCGAUGCGGCGUUCGUGUACGGAGAGGGAGUUUUGAACGUUCGGUCGAAGGUGUACGUUUCGCCGAAACUAUGGUACUUGAGGGUGAACGUUAUCGAAGCUCAAGACAUCGUUCCGAAUGAUCGAAGCCGUUUGCCGGAAGUUUUCGUGAAAGUCCAAGUCGGGAAUCAAAUCCUAAGAACCGGGAUAUGUCCCGAUAGGACGGCUAAUCCGAUGUGGAACGAGGAUUUAGUCUUUGUUGCGGCGGAGCCGUUCGAAGAGCACCUUGUCUUAACCGUCGAGGAUCGAGUCCAUUCGUCGAAAGACGAUGUAUUGGGAAGAAUAAGCCUACCCCUCACCGUUUUCGACAAGCGGCUCGACCACCGGCCGGUGAAUUCCCGUUGGUUCGAUCUCGAAAAGUUCGGAUUCGGAGCGCUCGAAGGCGACAGGAGAAAGGACCUCAAGUUCUCGAGCAGGGUACAUCUUAGAGCGUGCCUUGAAGGUGGAUAUCAUGUCCUAGACGAGUCGACACUCUACAUAAGCGAUCAACGGCCCACGGCGAAGCAGCUAUGGAAGCCUCCGGUCGGAAUUCUUGAAGUUGGAAUACUAAGCGCACAAGGACUCCUACCGAUGAAGAUGAAGGACGGCCGAGGGAGCACAGACGCUUACUGCGUGGCGAAAUACGGACAGAAAUGGACUCGUACGAGGACGAUCAUCGACAGCUUUAGCCCUAAGUGGAACGAGCAAUACACGUGGGAAGUCUACGAUCCGUGCACCGUCUUGACGCUCGGAGUCUUCGACAAUUGCCAUCUAGGAAGCGGAAACAAGCCCGACGCCAGUCAACAACGAGACUCGAGAAUCGGGAAGGUUCGCAUUAGGUUAUCGGCCCUCGAUGCCCACCGUGUCUACACACACUCAUAUCCGCUUCUCGUCCUGCACCCUUCGGGUGUGAAGAAAACGGGAGAAAUCCAACUGGCCGUCCGAUUCACGACGCUCUCGCUCGCUCACACGAUACACAUCUACGGACACCCUCUCCUCCCGAAAAUGCACUACAUACACCCUUUCACCGUGAACCAGGUCGAAAACCUCAGAUACCAAGCCAUGACCAUUGUGGCGGCUCGGCUCGGCAGAGCCGAGCCGCCCCUCAGAAAGGAGGUCGUUGAGUACAUGCUCGACGUCGAUUCGCACGUCUGGAGCAUGAGACGGAGCAAGGCGAAUUUCUUCCGGAUAAUGUCGCUCUUAUCCGGUAUAAUCUCGACGAACCGGUGGUUUAACGACGUAUGCCAUUGGAAAAACCCUACGACCUCGGUUUUAGUCCACGUAUUGUUCUUGAUACUCAUUUGCUACCCGGAGUUGAUACUCCCGACGAUCUUUCUAUACGGCUUCCUUAUAGGGCUGUGGAACUAUCGGCUCCGGCCGCGGGGCCCGCCGCACAUGGACGCGAAGCUGUCGUGGGCCGAGGCGGUGAACCCCGACGAGCUGGACGAGGAGUUCGACACGUUCCCGACGUCGAGGGAGAACGAUGUCGUGAGGAUGAGGUACGACCGGCUUAGGAGUGUGGCCGGGAGGAUUCAGACGGUGGCCGGCGACGUGGCGACUCAGGGAGAGAGGCUGCAGUCCUUGCUGACGUGGAGGGACCCUAGGGCCACGUGUCUAUUUGUUGUGUUCUGCCUUUGUGCGGCGGUGGUGAUGUAUGUGUCUCCGGCGAGGGUGGUGGUGCUUGUUGGAGGGUUGUACUAUUUGAGGCAUCCGAGGUUUAGGAGCAAGUUGCCUUCUGUUCCAAGUAACUUCUUCAGGAGAUUGACUGCUAGAACUGAUAGCAUGCUGUGAUGGUGAUUGGUGGAUUUUUUUUUUGUUUUUUUUUGCGUGUGUGUUCUUGAUAUUUGUAUAUGUUACAUACGAAUUAUAAUUCUAAUAAACAGAAUAAUUUGUUCUU